CUUUGCCCUUACCUGCUUCACCUUUACCCUUACUUGUUCUUUCUUUAUUAGUAUAUUAGUACUAUCCAGUAUCCAGUAUAUCCAGUAUCUAGUAUCCACUUUCCAGCGCAUUGCCCGCCACCCCGCGUUAGCGGCAAAAAAAAAACGAACAACUUUUUUUUUUCCCCCGUUGUCAAGUCAGAGAGCCGCAAGUCGCCUUUCCCACCCAAAUUUCUACUCAUAUCCUCUUAUCGCUAUUAGCCCAGACCCCCCCAAUUCAAUUGCUCAAUUCCGUGAUCGGUCUCGGAACCUCGACGUAAAGCAAAGCUGAGCAAAACUCAGCCGCGGCCGGUGCAGCGGCACGGAGCCAUACGGAGCAAAGAAAUUACCUCAAAUUCAACAGCUUGUCAUAUUCGUCACGUUCAAUUGGAUUGAUAUAAUUAGUCAAUUGAGAGUGCAUGGAUGGCCACACAGUUGUCGGCGCCGUUUCGGCGCCGUCGACGAGCCCUACCAGCCCUGUGAGCGUUCAUCGCCAUGGUUCCAUGAAGCGAAAACGCAGCGAAGGCGGUCUAGGAAUAGAAAGCAGUCCCGGUAGCGUUAUCGGCGACGAAGAUCAGUCCCUCGCCGAACCCGAAAAGAAGAGGCAACCCGGUGUGAAGCGUGCGUGUAAUGAAUGUAGGCAGCAGAAACUUAGGUGCGAUGUCGUCCAAGAGCCAUUUCAAAGUUGUUCGAGGUGUAAUCGUCUAAAACUCGAGUGCAAGAUCGAGUCUAAUUUCAAACGGAUCGGCAAGAGGUCGAAACAUGCCGAGAUGGAAAAGGAGAUCGACCGGUUACGUCGCAAGAUAGCACAGGCCAAAGCCCAGGGCUUUGUAAUUGACGAUGACGAAGACCUGCAAUCUCAAUUGCAAUCCCCCGUCGCAAAUAGUGCGUAUUCGCAUACCCGAAAUCCUUCGCUCAUGGGAUCCGAUGAGGCUGUUACGUCCCUUCUGACUCUCAAGCGAGGAGGGUCGUAUAGCUUAGCCGCAACCCAUUAUGCCUAUGAGCUUGAGACAGUGCGGCUGACCGAGCAGGAUGUCCACGGCUUGUUCCAGGAAUUUUUCAGUUAUUACCACCCGUUCCUCCCCUUCUUAAACGAGCAUCAGUCUCCUGAUUUAUAUUAUCAGCAACAUGCCUUACUGUUCUGGACCAUCAUCGCCAUUGCCUCGCGGCGUUACCAUGCUAAGCCUAGCAUCUUGCACGAAUUGUCAAGCGGCCCUCUGAAUAGACUGCUCUGGGGUACCGUGGGCGACGUACCAAAUAGCUAUUUCGUCGUUAAGGCACUUUGCCUAUUAUGUACUUGGCCUCUACCGACAAGCACAACGACGGCAGACCCAACUCACAUUCUAUGUGGCGUGAUGAUGAAAGCUGCCACAGGUAUUGGCCUACACCGACCUAACCAUACCCAAGAUUUCUCCCGCGUAUCAGUAGAGCUUAACAAGGACCAGCUUCAUGACCGAGUAACGACCUGGGCCGUAUGCAACAUUGUCGCUCAAUCUAUUGGGACCGGCUACGGCCAGCCGGCUACUUCUCUCUACGACUGGACAUUAGCAAUCCGCCCCGGUGAGGAUGGCCCCUUCACGCUUUCCCCUGAGCUUGAGGCUAGGUUAAGAAUAGAGAGGUUUUGUGACAAGGUCUCAAAGGAAAUGUAUAGCAAUGCGAGCGACCCUAGGGGCGUGGCCGGCGACGAACACAGAGCCAUGCUGAUGCGGGUAUACCGCCGGGACUUCCAAGAACUACAGACAUCAAUCCUUUCGCAACGUUUAUCGCCGAUUGUGGAGGUACACUUAACCGCUGCCAAUGUCCAUCUUCGCCUCGCUGGAUUCUUUGAUUCCAGCAGUACUCCCGGUUAUAUGGACGACCUCAUGGGCCUAUGGCGAGCCAUUACAAGCUUCCUAGAUCUCCUGUUCCUGGAUACAAACCAGCAUAUAUUACUAUAUGCCACUAAUUACAUCCAACAGAUGCUUGUUGCUGCCGGGUUCGCUCUAUUAAAGUUGAUGAGAUCGUUCUUUGCUAAAACGAUAGACUUCGAAAGGGGGAGGACUCUAUUUCAUAAAACCAUCAAUGCUAUUCGUAGAACGAGCGUGCUAGACAACGAUCUGCAGUGGCGGCUAGCGGAGCUCAUGGUUCAGAUGUGGAAUGGCGCGCGAAUUGACAAUAAGAACAACACCUCAUUUCACGACGACGACAGUUCUGUUCUUAUCGACGAUAGCCUCCAAUUGAAGGUCCGUUGUAGGCAUAGCAUGAGUCUCGUAUUUGACUCUAUUUGGCGCUGGAGGGAAGAGUAUCAAGCUCAGGGUCGUGGGACACUUGAUGCUCUUAAGCAUCCAACUAAUCCAGACUCAGGUAAUGAGUCUUCCGCGUCUUCCACACACAUGGAUAGCACAUUAUUGCCGCAUAAUAAUCUGGCGAACCUGACGACGAUGGCGACGAAUAAUGGUGGCAUAACACCAACGGCAAGUCACGGCCUAAGCGCUGGUGCUAAUAGUAUGAUUGGGUUAGGGUAUGGAAGUGACGCGAAUUAUGACUUCUUCGACCCCCAGCACUGGAUGCUAGAUGGCUUGCUAGAUUUCAACUACACCUUCGCUCAACCUCUAGAAGGAAUGUAGGGUGACUUAAGAGGAGAGCCCUUGGAUGCUAAUAACACUAGAUAUGUUCCCGGGAUUCAACAGCACCGACCAGAUGCUACAGGCCACUUUAUGUCGAAUCGAAGAGCACGGAGAAUAAGGGCGUGGUUGAAUAAUGCUUCCGGGAUGCGACUCGCAUGAGGGGUAGGCGCGAGAGAAAUUUGUUCUUUUCAUCGGCCACCUGGUGUGGGUUUUAAUUACGUUCAAUGCUAGAGUGCUACCUCUAGCGGAAAUUGAUUACGAUUAAGGAGAGACGACUAUAGAGGGGCGGUAUAAUAACCCCUCUUCAUUGUGCACAAUACUGCGAAAGGGGGGAAUUGUAUACCAGGAGUGUCGGGGUUUCAGCGUGGAUUGCUUUGUGUGGUAUAGUCCUAUAUAUCAUGGUUAUUGGUCUGCAUUGAUCACGUAGGUAGGUAGUCAGCAUUAUUUGGAGCGAAAAUUACGAAAUUGAAAUUGUCACAACUUCAUCCAGAUGGCAUUUCCUUGAUAUGGGUGAAUUUGUGAAGCUUUGUAUGCCAUAACUUAGACCCUUGGAGGGAUUCGAGCUCAUGUAUCGUGAGCAAGUUGGAGUUGUGCGUGAAAGAGGAUUCUGGGAUGCCCCUUAGAUUAGGUAGCUUGUUAAGAUAUACUAGAGGAUCCAACAAAACAGUCCCGAUGUCGUUCACAAAGGGUGAUAUCAUCUAACCCAAAUUACGGGCUAGUACUAAACAUUCGGUAUUAAGG